AUGAGGGGUUUUGCAGCACUAGUACUGAGUCUAGUUUUCCUUAGCGUGGCAAUUACUUGUAAUGGUGCUUUACAAAGGGGAUUUUACCUUGAAAAAUGUGGUGAAAACAACGUCGAAGAUAUCAUCAGAGACGUCGUCGAAUCCAGAUUUUCAAAAGACCCUACCAUCGUCGCUGCACUCCUUCGCUUGCAUUUCCAUGAUUGUUUCGUAUCGGGAUGUGACGGGUCGCUGCUCUUGAAUGGCACUGAUGCUGAGAAGAAUGCAGGCCCUAACUUUAGCGUUAGAGGUUACGAUCUUAUCGACGAAGCAAAAGAUGCAGUCGAGAAAGCUUGUCCUGGAGUCGUUUCAUGUGCUGAUAUCAUAGCUGUAGCCACCAGAGACGCUGUCUUCAUGGCUAAAGGACUGAACUACAAGGUUGAGACAGGCAGAAGGGACAGCUUGGUUUCUUCAGCUGAUAAUGUUGAUCUUCCCGGUCCUUCAAUUACUGUGAAGAACGCAAUCGCGUUAUUCAAAAGAAAAGGACUUGAUAAGAUGGACAUGGUUUUGCUCCUUGGUGCACACACCGUCGGAGUCACACACUGUUCCUUUAUCGGAAACCGGCUUUACAACUUCAAUAACACUGGAAAAAAGGACCCAACCAUGGAGGCUUCACUCUUCAAGUCAUUGUCAAAGACAUGUCCAAAAAUCCCCAAUGAUUCUGAGAGUCAAGUUGCACUAGACCAAACCAUUAACAGUACCAACAUUUUAGAUAAUGGUUACCUGACACAAGUCAAAGGACGGAGAGGAAUUCUUCAAAUCGAUCAAAACAUAGGGUUAGACGCAUCGACUGGAGCCAUUGUUCGCUCAUUUGUCGAUGGUCCGUUGAAGAAUUCGUUCCAAUCUCGAUUUGGUGGCGCUCUGAUCAAAAUGGGUCGUGUUGGUGUUCUUACUGGCAAAAAUGAAGGAGAAAUUAGGAGGACUUGUGGAGCUGUCAAUCCUUGA